UAUAAAUGUCCAUACAUACAUAUGUACAUACAGAUGUUAUGUGUGAAUGCAUGUACAUAUCUAUUUACCAAACGAAUUACUUUCAAAGUUACUGUCGAUCUGCAUAUAGAGCUAGGCUUUCAGCUAAAUCACUUUAAAUUCUGGACUCAACGUGAAAUUUGCAUACCAGCUCCGUUUCCAUUAUGUCUUUGAAUCCAAAAGAAUCCAAAACGCCUUCGUCAAAUAUUCAAUUCGCAUCUCGGACCAAUACGAUGAAUGCAGCUCAUACGCUGGCGCCAUUACCUGAACAUUAUUCUGGGGUCCCCGACCAGUUUAGUCAGUACCAACAUCAGGUGGCUGCACCUGAUCCGAUAUCUGAAAUUGCCAUUGAAAAGCUUCAGCACAUUGUAGCAGAAAAUGCUUUAAAGAGUCAGUUCCAGAUAAAACAACAACUGAGAGACCAGAAUCAGCAAUUCGCGAAAUAUGCGAAGUCGCACCAGACACAAUCCCAAUCACGUGUUCAUUCCCAGUCCCACUCGCAGUCUCAAUCUCCGGCACAGGAGAGCCAGAGCCAGCUUCUGCAAAAGGUAGAUCAAAUGUCAAUGUAUCGUCAGCAUCAUCUAAUUUUGGGCAGUGCUCCCACUUCCACUCCCGCUCAACCACAAUUGCAGGCACAGUGCAGCCUGGUGGCAUCUCAAUCUCACUCUUACCCCACUAAUGGCAGCAUGCUGUCAGUAAGGAGCGAGCAGCAGCUGUGUCAGAUAUACAAUUCUCAGCAACACUCCGAUUAUAUAAUUUCCGAUUAUAUGGACAAAAUUGCAACCCGGAUUAGUUUGCUUGAAACAGAGUUGAAGUUCGCCUGGAGGGCAUUGGAUUUGCUGUCCACGGAGUAUGGAAAAAUUUGGGUUCGCUUGGAGAAGCUUGAGAACAUAUCAGUGGAACAUCAGUCCGUUGUUAGUAAUUUGAUGGGUCUAAUCAGAGCAGCAAAGCAGCAACAACUUCAGCAGCAGGAGGACAUGGAAAGCCAGAAAACCAAAUUUCUUGCAGAUGAGCAAUUGCUCUCACUGCCACUGGAAAUGGACGAAAAUGUCAAUAUUGACAUGGAAAUGAGCGUGCCGACGUCUGAUCAGAACUAUGAAAAAAAUAUCAGCUUGGAUGACAUUGGUCCCACAACUUUGAUGGGACAUCGGGACUCCGAUAUAUUUAUAAAUGCAGCUUGUGUAUUGGAACACAAUCAAGAUGAUCUUUUUCUUAACUACGACAGUGGAACUUUAGAUGACAACAAUCUGGAUAUCAAACGAAUGGGAAUCAAUUUCGUGAAAAGCGACAGAGCCGCAAACGUUUGGCUAUCUGAUGUUGACAUCCACCGUACAAAGCCACGAAAGAAACUUUAUUCUGAUUCUGAUCUAAUAAUUUAUGAGCAACAGCAGACUCUGGCUAACAACGCACGUGCUGAAUUACUACAAGAAUUUCUGAACGGACAACGGGUUUUAACUGAGGUUGCAUCGGCCUCAGCAUCAUCAGUUCUAUCCACGCCUAACAGCUUUCCUAACUUACCACAAAUAGUGAAUACGGAGAGGCCCCAAAGUCAAAACCAGAACCAUAGCCAAAUGACCCAUUCAUACAGCCAAAGAGUUCAGGAAGGGGAACCAAUCGGACAUCCCAGCUAUGUCUCUAAUGAACUUGACGACCUUAUCGAGGAAGUUACGUUUUUUCGGUUGGCAGCCUCUAAAACGGGAGAAGGGGGAGACCAAGUCGUGCCUAUUGAGGACACUGGAGGAACACAGCUUCUGUUAACAAAUAAUAAUGAAAUGAACGAAACUUUUUAUAAAACACUCAAUGAAGCAUAUCGUGAUAAUGACUUGAGCUCGGAAAUUUCCAAGGUUGAUUCAUUAUUACAGCAUUCAGAGGCUCACGAGCACUCAACGUCUUCCUUGAUGAUGAUCAAUAAGGGCAAGGAGGAUGAUGGCACAGGCAUCAGUGGCAUCUUUAAUGCCACAAUAAAGGAAGCGUCAACUGAUUCCAGUCCUCCAGCGACCAUUCACAUUAACAGAGAUUCAAGGAAGCACAGAAAAAAAAAGAAGCACCAAAAGAAUGAAAUGGAAAUGAUAAAUAAUCUGAAAUGCAUUCUUGCGCAGUCACAAUCGGCAAGAAGUUUCCAUACCACCGUCUCGAACAAAUUCGAGAACAGCAGUGCAUUGAAAGAUUCGGGUAUGACUGAAGCAGAAACGAGUACAACAAAGGCAAAUAGCUUUGGCUACUUCUACGAGGACAACAUAUCUAUAUUAGACGGCAUAACUGAGACUCUGAUAGGGGAAAUCAAUAAAAUUUCAGAUCUGCAGUCACUAAGUGCUUCUCAAAUCGGUCAUAUACGGCAGACCAUUCGGGCAGAGGAGACUUUUUUUCAAAGACUUAACCAUGUCGACAAGAAGUUGACCCUACUGUUACUCAACCCUGUCACCUUGGCUGAGGAGAUACGACGCCUGCGCAUCACAGAUGCCGAUAAAAAGUUUAUUCUUGUAAUGAAAAAGUUUAAUAAAAAUAUUGACACACUCAAAAAACUAGUUGGCAAUUCAGUGGACGAUGACAAGGACAAGGGCAAGGUAGAAAACAAAUCCAAGUCUAUAUCAAAGUUAAGUCCAACAUCCUCCAUUCAAGACCUCACAGCAAAACUAAAUGUGGGCAAUAUUAGUGCACAGCUACUCCGGAACAAUUCUGACCUGGACGAACAACUUAAGCUACUGGAGACACAAGAGAUUGAAAUAAACCGCAAGAAAAAAAUUGAUAGCAUUGUACAGAGUCAUGGAGCAGAAGUGGACAAGGCCCAAACUCAUGGCCAGGCCCAUUCCCAUUCCCAUGCCCAGAUGGAUAAUACUUUUCAGCUUAACAGCAACUUGGAUCUAAGUGUUGUUUAUGGCAAAAAUGAAAAUUUGUCCAAUUCAUCGAGGAAUAUUUACAAUCAGGAUGAGUAUAUUCAGUCCUUAAAGAAAAGCCUGGAACGUCACAAUAGCAUGCUGUUCCUACUUCAUCUGCAAAAUCCAGAAAAACAUAAGGUUACAAAUGAGUUUACCGAUAUAUUAAUGAUGGAUCAAAGUCGAUCCAGUCCCAGUCCUCCACCGCCUGCGCCGAACGACAAUCUGGGAAUGGAGGCAUCGGUGGCAGAAUGCUCGUCUCGCGGACAAGUUGAAGCCGAUCAACAGAAACAGGCUAAAUCUGAUUCAGGGCUGUCUUCGAUGAGCGGCUGGUCACCGAAUUCCCCGGUAACCGUUGGCAUACAGAACUGUAAUCUGUUUGCUAACAAUAUUAAUGAUAGAAGCACGGCAACUUUCCAGCUAGCAUAUCCUGCAAUGGCCUCAGGCUCAGAUUCCAAUUUCAAUGGCACUGAUGCUGAAAAUCUAAGCCCAAAACAAUGUGGUUAUACAUUUUCGGAGGAGAACCUGAACUAUAUUCACGAGCUUUCAAAAAAUAUUCCAAUUUGCUCUGCAUAUGAAAACCAAUCAAUAUUCGAUGUCAAUGAGGCUGCCAGACAAAUCAGUAAAUUUUCCACUGUUGAUGAAAUGUUAGAAUGGGACCAACAACAAAAUCUACGGGAUCAGGAGGAUGUUACAACGCAACAAUUACUUAACAAAGACCGUAUGCCGGACCUUUUAACUAACCAAACUCCGAGUACAACGCCUAAGCCAUCGCUCAGAAAGAAUCCAAGAACGCAUUCCGGAAUAGGCAGCGGACUAAAUGAGAAUGAAUCAAAGUAUUGUUUGAAAAAAAAUGAUACUGAUCAUGUGGAAAUCAAAGAACAAUGCCGCAAACCACAUUUGACCGAUAGACUUGUGUACUAUCCAUCUUCAAACAAUAUAACCGACUAUAACAGCAGUAACAAUUUGGACUACUUGGGACAUCAGCAGCAAAAUCAAUCACAAUAUAUGAUUCAAAAUAGAGCUACCAAUUCAAAUUUUACCCUGAUUCCCAUGCUGCAACCUUCAUCAGUUCCAGUUUUAGAUCCAGGUCCUGCAGCUCAGAUUCACUUUAACGGUGCAAAAAGGCUUGAGUGUAUGGAAAUGUCGGUCCCAGUCCCACCUACCACCAUAAAGUCACCGAAGGUAUGGAAGAAAUUGAGUACUUUAUUGCCAGAAAAUCUAAAGUUAAAGCGCUCAGCUAAGUACAAUCGAUCACAGUCAUUACCCGGUGAUGUUAAAAGUCAAGGCAAUCAAAGACAAGCUCGUGGCCAGGCAGGCUCGUAUCCGUUAAUUUCGUAUAAGCGCCCUAAUGGAAACGGAAGUCCCGGACAGCUAUCCAAACGUUUACAGAAGCUACCGAUACGUCUCAUACAAAAAACUACGGCUCCGCACUCUGUACGACGUCUGUCAGACUCCGACUCAGCUGGAGGUGCAGCUCACGCUAGUACUGAUACUGGACCACCGAAGAAGCGCUCAUUUUCUUCUAAGAUGAACCAUUUAAUGCAAAAAGCAAAGAACUAUAAACGGAACAGCAGUGUCCUGCGCCGCGGCUCGAAUAUGUCCGAUACCGAACUAGAUCUUCCAGGCUUUACUUCAUCGGAUAACGAGGAUUGUUCUUUAUACGAGCGCCAAAUAAAUCAACAAGAUAUAUCUGCCGGAAUUGGGGCCGUUAAACGGAGAACAAAUCAAACGGAGGAAUGCCAUAAAGAUGAUGACAUUGAUAUUUGUAAACUGACCCAACACUCUGGCGCCUAUGAUGGUGGCCCUGCAAUUGAAAUGGAUUGUCCGAAUUUAUUCGCUGUCGUUGGGGACCUCAAAAAGUUACAGCUUACCCAAACGGAUGCUGUUCUCAUUCCAUGCACGUCGUCUGAGCUUUUGGAACGUGACAAAAUGUGCAAUAGUGCUGACAUGUUUAAAAAGAUGCCUGAGAUUCUCUUGGAAACCAGUGAGAUGCCAACAUGCACGUCAGCAGAAGAAAAUGCGAGUUUCCAGUCACAGGCGAACAUUCAAAAAGUAAGCUCAGUCUCUAUUGAUGAUAAGAGCUACGACGUUUCUCCUCCCUUUAUCGAGAUGUGGAAUAACACUGAAUCCAAUGUCCCAACACCGAAAAUGUCGGGAACACUCGCAGCUACAACUACACUAGAUUCUAAAGAGCACUCACCAACCAAAACUACUGCCACUACGGUGACAAACAGCCGAGGUGCGGGAAUAUGGGUUGCACAGCAAUCCUUGGACAUUCCAAGUAAUCUAGGAUAUGGAUCAAGAGAAGAUGACGACUGUCGUAGUCAGCAUUCCGGUCGCACACUCUCGUCUUCUCGUCGCCAAAGCACCGAAGAUAGCAUCGACACAGAUGAUGAAUACUUUUGCUAUGAGCUUCGCCAGCUCGAGGAACUGGAGCAUCAACGAACGUCGCAUGCUGACAACAUAACUAGCGAACAAAGUGCGGACAAUCAAGUGUUGUUCUCGCAGAUUGGACAGCUGCUGCAUACCGAUGCUCCUGGAACAAACGUUGACUUUGCAGAAUCGGAGGAGGCCCAUGUUUAUUCACCGGAUAAAAGUGUAAAGCUGCAGAUGUCCAAAGUAUUGAAUGAGCUCAAGAACACAGUUAAACUAGAACCAGAAAUAAUUUAUGGCAGUAGCUUGAUUAGACCAGCCGACACAGUGGAAGCAUUAACAAGGUCAAAACCAUCACGGGACAGGUUUGAAGUUGUCUGUGACAUGCAUAGCGCAUGGCAGGAUGUCAAUGGCGAUUUUCAGCAGGAAAUAUCUGAUGUGGAAUCUCAUGAUGAAACUGAGGUGGCUGCUCGGGAAGGGGAAGGCCUACUGGCAACAUUGCCCCAAGACACGGGGAAAAAACAGCAAUCGAAGCGAUACAGGAAGCGGAAACGUGUCCAAAAAACAAAUAAGCCCAUGGUUACCGAUCAUAUUGCCAGCUCAAGUUCUUCCUGUGCUUCAGAAAACGAGAACGAGCAGAACCAACGUUUUAUCAGUGACGCAGCAUCGGGAUCAGAACAAGACAAAGGUAUUUCCGUAGAAAUGUUUCAAGAAUCAUCGGACUCUAGCGCGACAUCAGGACCCGAUACGCCAGCAGAGAUGAGUGAUGAUAUGGAAAAGGAUUUGAGCCUGGAAGAAGGGUGUCCAAACAGAAGCUGUGGUGUGUCUAAUCCCGGGGUCUUACCAACUGGAAACCAACAGUCGGUGGACACGUUCAAUACCGUUCCAGCGUCUGCAUCCGUUCUAGAUCAAUCAAAUUAUCAAUGCAACAAACAGACAUCAUCUCCUCAGAGUGCUCGGGGAUCAUUUUCAUCUCAACUGCGUCCAUUGAAGCCAAUAAGUCAAGAAUCAAUUGUCGAGGGAUCCCAGGCGGUAGGUAGUAAUGGCGCCACGGCGGGUCUUGGCAGCAGUAAGUGGAAGCUGCUUAAAACUCUUAAGGAGCGUAAGAUUGAGGAGAAAAAUAAUCAGGACAAAAUUAAAGAAGAAGAAAUGGCCAAAGACAGGGAGAAGAAUGGUGGUGGAACUGGAGAUGUUGGGAUACGGACCAAUGGCCAUCCCGGCGAUAACCCUUUCUAUAGCAAUAUCGACAGUAUGCCAGAUAUACGGCCCCGUCGAAAGUCUAUACCCCUUGUUUCUGAAUUGGUGCUCAAGACUAUGGCCGCCACAAAACGAAAUGCCGGACUCACAUCAGCAGUUCCCCGAGCAACGCUUAAUGAUGAAGAGCUUAAAAUGCACGUCUACAAAAAAGCACUUCAGGCUCUGAUCUAUCCCAUAUCAUCUACAACGCCGCAUAACUUUUUGCUCUGGACGGCAACGUCACCAACAUAUUGCUACGAGUGUGAAGGCCUACUUUGGGGAAUAGCGCGUCAGGGAGUGCGAUGCACAGAAUGCGGAGUGAAGUGCCAUGAAAAAUGCAAGGAUCUGCUAAACGCCGAUUGUCUUCAGCGUGCUGCCGAGAAGAGUUCGAAACACGGUGCCGAAGACAAAGCUAAUUCCAUAAUUACCGCCAUGAAAGAGCGCAUGAAGCAGCGCGAGCGAGAGAAGCCCGAAAUUUUUGAGUUGAUUAGAGCCGUAUUCAGCGUUGAGGAGAAGAGUCACACCGGUCAUAUGAAGGCUGUGAAACAGAGCGUCCUGGAUGGCACAAGCAAAUGGUCGGCCAAAAUAGCAAUCACAGUGAUUUGUGCUCAAGGCCUGAUAGCGAAGGAUAAAAGCGGUACCAGUGAUCCAUAUGUGACGGUGCAGGUUAGCAAGGUGAAAAAACGAACGCGAACAAUGCCGCAGGAACUUAACCCUGUGUGGAACGAGAAGUUUCACUUCGAGUGCCAUAACUCCUCUGACCGAAUAAAAGUUCGCGUUUGGGAUGAAGACAAUGACCUUAAAUCGAAACUACGUCAAAAAUUGACUAGAGAGUCGGACGAUUUUUUGGGACAAACAAUAAUUGAAGUUCGUACGCUUUCCGGGGAAAUGGAUGUUUGGUAUAAUUUAGAGAAGCGAACGGAUAAAUCAGCUGUUUCAGGUGCAAUAAGACUACACAUAUCCGUUGAAAUAAAGGGUGAAGAAAAGGUUGCUCCAUACCAUGUCCAAUACACCUGUCUGCACGAGAACUUGUUUCAUUAUCUGUGUGAAGAAAAUAGCGGAAUGGUUAAAUUGCCAACGCAAAAAGGUGAUGACGCAUGGAAACUCUAUUUUGACGAGAUCCCCGAGGAAAUUGUCGACGAGUUUUCCAUGCGCUACGGGAUCGAAAAUAUAUAUCAAGGAAUGACUCAUUUUCAUUGCCUUUCUGCCAAGUAUCUAUGCCCUGGUGUGCCCGCUGUGAUGAGCACACUUUUGGCCAACAUUAAUGCGUACUAUGCUCAUACCACGGCUUCUUCUGCUGUGUCAGCCAGUGAUAGGUUUGCAGCUAGUAAUUUUGGGAAAGAGAAAUUUGUCAAAUUGCUUGACCAACUACAUAAUUCUCUCAGAAUUGAUCUGUCUAUGUACAGAAAUAACUUUCCUGCCUCGAGUCCUGAAAAGUUAAUGGACCUUAAGUCUACUGUGGAUCUAUUGACCAGCAUAACAUUUUUCCGUAUGAAGGUACAAGAGUUAUCCAGCCCACCGAGAGCGAGUACUGUUGUCAAAGAUUGUGUGAAGGCUUGUCUAAGAUCCACUUAUCAAUUCCUGUUCGAAAACUGCUAUGAACUUUACAACAGAGAGUUCCAGGUGGAUCCAAACGAAGCAAAGCGUGCUCCAGACGACCAUGAGCCAAAACUGGAUAGCGUCGACUUCUGGCACAAGCUAAUUGCACUUAUUGUAUCGGUCAUCGAUGAGGACAAAAACAGCUAUGGCACUGUGCUUAAUCAAUUUCCCCAAGAACUUAGCAUUGGACAAUUGUCUGCUUCAUCAAUGUGGCAUCUAUUCGCUGUGGACAUGAAAUACGCAUUGGAGGAACACGAGCAACAUCGUCUCUGUAAGUCUUCGGCGUACAUGAAUCUUCAUUUUCGCGUUAAAUGGCUGUAUAGCAACUAUGUCAAAGAGGUUCCGCCCUACAAAGGAGCCGUGCCCGACUAUCCAGCAUGGUUCGAGCCUUUUGUGAUGCAGUGGUUAAAUGAGAACGAUGAUGUUUCACUGGAAUACCUUCAUGGAGCUUUUAAUCGGGAUAAAAAGGACGGGUUCACAAAGAGCAGCGAGCACGCUUUGUUUUCGAAUUCGGUAGUCGAUGUUUUUACGCAAUUGACGCAAUGUUUCGAUGUUGUUAGCAAGCUCGAGUGUCCUGAUCCAGAAAUUUGGAAACGUUACAUGAGGCGUUUUGCUAAAACAAUCGUAAAAGUGCUCAUAGCCUAUGCAGAUAUUGUGAAAUUUGAGUUUCCAGAGCAUAUGAGGGAUGAAAGAAUCGCUUGCAUACUUAUGAACAACAUACAGCAAUUAAGGGUACAGUUGGAGAAAAUGUUUGAGUCCAUGGGUGGGGAUAAGCUGGAAGAGGACGCAGCCAAUAUACUAAAAGAGCUACAACAGAAUCUUAACUCAGCACUGGAUGAUUUGGCCACUCAGUUUGCCAUUAGUUUGGAGCCUCGAAUAACUCAGUCGGUGCGUGAGCUAGGUGACAUGUUGCUGUCUAUUAAAGGAGGCGGCUGUGGAAAUCUGACAGCUGGUAACCAAGCUGCACAGAGAAAUGCUGUCGCCGUUGAGGCCGAUGAAGUUCUGAGGCCGCUUAUGGACUUGCUCGAUGGUUCAUUGACACUCUAUGCGCAGUCUUGUGAAAAGACUGUACUAAAGCGACUGUUAAAAGAACUCUGGAAGAUCGUAAUGCGAAUAUUGGAAAAAACUAUUGUUUUGCCACCAAUGACUGAUAAAACUAUGAUGUUUAAACAUCUUACUGAUAAUGCAAAAAACCUUGCAUCCAACGCAAAAAUAGAAGACAUGGGUCGUUUGUUUAAGUCUCAUAUGGCUGGAAAACAGGAUGUUAAAAGUGCGCUUAGCGGUGUCAUGGACAUAUCAAAGGAAGUAGAAAAAAAUUUAUCGCCCAAACAAUGUGCUGUACUCGAUGUUGCCUUAGAUACAAUAAAACAAUAUUUCCACGCCGGUGGCAAUGGACUGAAAAAGACGUUUCUUGAGAAGUCUUCAGAGCUUCAAAGUCUACGUUACGCACUCAGUUUGUAUACGCAAAUGACAGACACACUGAUUAAAACCUUUAUAUCCAGUCAAGUUCACGAAGUUGAUCCUGAAAAUGCAGAGGAAAGUGUCGGCGAAAUUUCAGUACAAAUAGACCUAUUUUCCCACCCAGGCACAGGCGAACACAAGGUGAAUGUGAAAGUUGUGGCUGCUAAUGAUUUAAAAUGGCAAAUACCAUCCGGCAUGUUCCGACCAUUUGUUGAGAUUAACUUGAUUGGACCGCAUCUCCAGGAAAAAAAGAGGAAGUUUGCAACCAAGUCAAAGUCGAACAAUUGGUCUCCAAAAUACAAUGAAUCAUUUAGCUUCGCUAUUGGUAACGAGGAGCAGUUGGACUUCUUCGAGUUGCAUAUUUGCGUUAAGGACUAUUGUUUUGCCCGUGAUGAUCGACUUGUCGGUGUGGCAGUUAUCCCGCUCAAAGACAUAUCGGAAAAGGGAUCUGUCGCCUGUUGGUUGCCUUUGCAGAGACGCAUAGAAAUGGACGAGACGGGUUGGACCAUUUUGCGGAUUCUAUCCCAGCGUAAUAAUGAUGAGGUCGCCAAGGAAUUUGUUAAGCUGAAAUCAGAAAUACGUCAGGAACCAACAAUGGGCACUUAAGUUUUCUGCCCAGACGUGCUAAGAAUCAUCUCAAUAAAUACACCUAUAAUAAUUUCAUUAAUAUACAAAGUUUCAUAUAAUUUCUUAAAACAUCAUAUACAGAAUAGCUACCAAUCGAAAAUAUAACCAACACAAAACAUAUAGAAGUACAAUACAAUACAAUACAAAUAUAUAUACAUAUGUAUUUCUCCAAACGCCUCGAUAUUAAAAUAUUCGAUCUAUCGAAUUCACAAAAAUGGCAUACAUACAUACACCAAAUGGAAAUAGAACGAGAAUACAAGAACAUUUAUAUUUAUACUUUUAUUUACUUUCAUAAAAAAUUUACUCAACAUUUCUGGGGUCCGGAAUGAUGAAAAAAUGUUUAAAACCUAAGCCAGCUUGGCAUACAUGCAACUUACAUACACGUACAUUAUAUGUAUGUAUGUAUAUAAUAUGUAGUCAUUGUCGUUCCACCACCCACAGCAACACAUAUCCAUAUGCCAACUACGUUGAUGAGUUAAUGUGUUGGUAUACAAAAGUUUUACUGGAGUUGUUUGGGAGGGAAGAUGGUGGAGAACGACAGUAAGCGACACUACCCAUAUACAUAUUAUACAUAUACAUAGAUAUUAAAAUGCGAGAAAUCUACUGAUAUAAAUACCCAUGUACUAACAACUGUUAAAGGCUUCAUAAUCAUCUGUACAUUAAAGAUACACUCACACGCACAUUCCUAUUUAUGUAAAUAAGUACCUGUAUAAAUAUAAAUUGGUAAUUCUGAAAUAUUUGUUAAAGAUACUUCACAUGCACAAAAAGUCCAUGUGAAUACUUAUUUUUUUCUAUUGCAAUAAAAGAGUAUUAACGACUAA